AUGGAAACGGAAGUAGAGAUGGGGAACGUGCAAUUGAAAAAGGAAAAAGACAAGCAACAGUUUCUUAGUUGGGCCAAUUUAUUAUUGUCUAGUCUUAUUCCUCUAAUGAUUGGUGUAUUUACAAUCGCAGUCACAAUUCAACAACAACAAAUUUCUGAUCGUCAACGUCAGCAAGAUCAAAACCAAGCAGAUGAUUUACAAAAGGAGAAUGUUUUUACAGGUUAUAUUGACGAUAUAUCAAAAUUAAUAUUAAACACAUCACAAUUAAGUAAUACCGAGCAAAGUUUAUUGUAUAUUAGAACAAAAACUCUAACAGCACUUCGAAAGUUAGGCGUACCAAGAAAAACACAUUUAAUUCUGUUUCUCUAUGAAAGUAAACUUAUUUAUAAUAAUCAAUCGUCAGCAACACAGCGUCUAGUAGAUUUGUCUGGAGCCGAUCUAACGAACUUAUUGUUCGAUGUCGAUAGUUCAACAACAUUACGAUAUAAUUUUUCACAUCUCUAUUUACCGAAUGUUAAUCUGAUAAAUGCAACAUUUAUAGACUGUGAACUAACACAUAGUAAUUUUGAUGGAUCAAUAAUGAAUAACGCAAAUUUUAUUCAUACAGAUUUGAGGCAUACAACAUUCAAAAAAUCCAUAUUACAUAAGGCAAAGUUUCAGUCAAAAACAAUUUUGGGUUCAGUUGAUUUUACUGGAGCAUUACUUGUACAUGCUGAUUUUAAAGAUUCUGUCGUUGAAUCUGUUAAUUUUACGAAUGCUAAUCUUGAUAAAGCAAGCUUAACCAUUAAUCAGCUAGAACCAAGUAGAACAGAAUAUCAUCAUAGAUUUGAUCAAGCAAUAUUUCCAAAUGGUACAUUUGGUCCAGUUAAAGAAAAAAAUUUAGUGCAAAACAGCGGUGCUGAAGAAAAUUGUCCAGUUACUAAUAUAUCAUCUCCAAACAUAAAUAUGUGGACAAUUCAUACAGGCGUUUUACUAACAGCCUCUUAUAAUAACUCGUCUGAUCAUCAUAUUAAUAAUUUUGGUAGGUGCUAUUUUUUGGCAUUUGAAACGGCUAGAGUAUAUCAACAGAUUAAUGUUGGAAAUUAUUCACUGUUGAUCGAUCAAGAAAAAGCACAAUAUAAUUUAUCCGCAUAUCUUGGAUGUGUUAAACAUGACGGACAAAUGCAUGGUACUGUUUGGAUAGACUUUGUGACAAAUGAAGAAUUAUUUACUGGCAACAGGGACUUCGGUUUGUUAGCAACCAAGGGUAUGAGAUAUAAUACAAUAUUGGGAAUAAUACCUUACAAAACACGUCGAAUUGAAGUAAACAUUGAGUAUACAAACUUUGUCGAUAACGAAAAAGUCAAGUUGUGUAUAUUUGAUAACAUACAAUUGUCGAUUAAAAAAAUCCCUUAA